AUGUCAAAUACUCCUUCGUAAUGUGCACCAAUCUAUUCUAUUCAUGAGCAUAAGGAUGUGAUUAGGUCAGUAGUUAAAAUGGAACAGGGCUACUUCUUGACUUGCUCUCACGAUGGAAGCAUUAAACUCUGGAAUAUUAAUAAUAUUUCAAAAACUAUAAAAAAUUUAAGGAUAAAUAAUGAUUUUGUUAUAAAUGCUCUUAGAAUUGGAAAUACUAAAUUAAUUCUUUCAGUUCACCCUCGAGGUGUUGUUUGCAUAUGGAGUUUAAAUAAAGGUAUUUGUCUUAAGAGAAUUUAAGUUUGUGAAAAGGAAAUAUAUUGUGCUAUUAAUAUUUCUGAUUUAAACCUAAUAGCUUUUGGAACAAGCUCAGGUAAAGUGUUCUUAUAUAACAUUUUUACUUCUACUUGCAAUCUACAAAUUUAAGAAGAAAACUCUAUUUCAAGCAUUUAUUAUUCGAAUUACUAACUAUUUGUAGCAACAAGAGAUAAAGAGAUUAAUAUAUACUUAAUAGAGAAGGAAUGUAGCUUCAGCGAGGAGUAGCAAAUAUAAUUAAAGUAAAGUAGAAUCUAAAUAAAACUAUAAUAUAUUUGCUCUUGCAUGACUUAAAUAGAUCCUAAAACUCUGAUAGUUGGAACAACUGAAGGCUUAAUUUACAUUUAUAGAUAUGAAAAAAAUUAAUUUUAAGUUAUCAAAGAAUUUUACGCUCAUAGGUAAACUGUGAUCAAUCUGAAACUUUUAGAAAACGAGCUUUAUUCUACAGGUUACGAUGGAUGCAUUAUUAAAUGGGAUUUAAUUGUCUUUGAAAAAUAAGUUAGAUACUUUGGGCAUAGAUAUGCAGUCUAUGCUAUUAAUAUUAUUAAAGAUUAUUUAAUAACUGCAGGAGCUGACAAACAAAUUUUGAUUUGGAAUAAAAACGAAUCAUUAACAAAUCCAUCUCAAAUUUAAAAAUGA